UAUGGCAAGGGGUAGAAGGAAACAGAUAAUUCAGAGUCAUGAAGAAUAUUUGUCAGAAGAGCAUAUUGGACAAGAGAGCCAUGGGCAAAAUACUGAGGCAUCUGAACUCCAUUCAAGUGCUAGAGGAGAUCAGAUCGAUGGUGAUGGUGAUAUCGAGGUUAAUUUCCAUGAUGAAAGUGAAGACAGAGUAAAGCGUGGAAAGACAAAACUGAAAGAUAUUUGGAACCUUCCAAAAGGUCAUAGAAUCGUGGUUAGAUGCAAUGAGCUGGAUCAACCAAUUGGAGUAGAGGCUGGGUUUCUAGGAAAAUUUCUUGGCAUGGUUGCUAGGAAUGGUUGCUUGUGUAGCUUGAGCUACAAGGAUUGGAGACUUCUAAUAGGAAAGAAAGAGAAAAACACUGAUGAACAAAAAAAUAAAAAGGAUAUACUUAAGCAAGUGAAGAUGAGAUUCAUGUACCCUUCUUGCAUGGAAAAAUGGAUACUUCGAACCAUUGGAGAGAGAUGGAGGCAGCACAAGUCUAAUCUGAAAUCAAUAUAUUUUGAUGAGCAUAAGAGCACAAAAGAUAACCAUAGUAAUGUUCCUAAUGGUGUAUUUGAUGAUCAGUGGAUUGCGCUUGUUGAUUAUUGGACGACACAAAAAGCAUUGGAUAUGAGUAAGAAAAACAGAGUAAACUGUACAAAGAAGAAGUCAACACAUACAGCUGGAACAAAGAGUUUUGCUCGAAACAGAGAGGAGUUGAGGGAAAAAGAUCCUGAAAAGAAAAACCCUCACAGGGCUGUUUUGUAUCUCCAUACGCACCAGACUAAAAGUGAGAAGGACACAAAUGCACAUGUGGGGGCUUUGAAGGAACUUAUAGAGCAGCAGCCAUGUUUAGCGGAGACUAGUCAAGGAAAGGUUGCAUGGAAAGGAGAUGCACUUAGUAAAAUAUUAGGAGAAGAAAAGCCUGGCCACGUGCAUGGCUUGGGACUUGUUCCAAAUCCUAAUCAAGUGUUUGGCGCAUCUCCUUCAAAGCGCCUUAAGAGUGUAAAUUUGACUUCACUAGAUGAAACAUCAAGUGAAGAUGUAGUAUCUUUGAGACUUGAAAUGGAGAAGCUUGGGCAGCGUGUCCGGAAUCAAGAUGCCAAUAUACUACAGCUGCAAAAACAUAUCCAACAGGGAUGUUUAGUUGAUCCUGUCUAUGCACCUAAAGAUGGCUAUUGUUCUGAUGUGCCAAAUACGAAACGAAAGCGAGUAUAUAGUGACCCUCAAAAUCAAGAUUCUAGCAUGGAUGGACAGCGAGUAUAUAGUGACCAUCAAAAUUUCCAGGAUUUCAGCAUGGAUGAACCACUGAAUGAUACAAUGAAUGGGCAUGCUGACAAUGUGGAGGAUGAUGAUCUGCAGCCAGAUUACGAAUACCUUAGUCAUGUACAGAAGAGGCAAAAUCUUAUGAUGCAGAGAAAAAUAGAUGUUCUUAGCUCAAAGAAACAGGUGGCUGAGCACUCAUAUGGAACCACAAAUUCGGACUCAUCUACCCCAGCCACAAUAAAUAUUAGCUUACAGAUGGAGCAAGAUGAUUAUGUGGAGAAUGAGGAUCUGCCAGCACAUUACAGAGAUAAUUGUAGUAGCGAUAAGGUUGUCUCAAAGGAAACAUAUGCUACUCCCUCAAUUUUUGAAGCAUCUCAGUACCAACUGAACAAGAUCUCAAAAAGGCCUAGUGCAUCGGUACCUGCUAGUAAGAAUCAUCGUGGUACAACAAGUUUGUCAACUGGCAAUACAAUGAAGGUAUGA